UGAUUUGUGUUGUGCUUGUAAUUUCUAAAGACAAAAUGUCUUAAUGCUGAAAUGAGUUCACUUUGUUUUGUUGGUUCAUCGAAUCUUCCCUUGAACCUUGUGUUGAGAUCUAAAGGAGAUUGCAACAAAUUAAUAACCCUAUGAUAUGAUUUAGAUGGAUGAGCAAAUUAAGUCAUCUCCCAGUAGAUUGGCAGAAUGUCGAAUAUGCCACGAUGAAGAUGAAGAAUCAAACAUGGACACACCUUGUUCGUGUUGUGGGACAUUGAAGUAUGCGCACCAAAAAUGUGUUCAAAGAUGGUGCAAUGAGAAAGGUGAUACAACCUGUGAAAUUUGCCAACAGCAACUUAAGCCUGGCUAUACUGCACAUCCACCACCUCUAUCCCAUUAUGGUGGUUCUCCAAUAAAUCUUGGAGAUAACUGGGAGAUUUCAAGAAGGGAUCUUCAUAAUCGUCAGUUCAUAGCAAUGUUUAGUGCUGAUCAUCAUGAAUUCCUAGAACUUGACUUGGAGUAUUCAUCAACACCCUCAAGAAGAAGCAUAAUAUGUUGUCGCAUUGUUGCCAUUAUUUUUAUUGUUCUACUUCUUUUACGCCAUACACUUCCAAUCAUAUUUAUACUCAGUGGAGCAGGAGAGUAUUCAUUGACAAUAUUUAUGUUAAUAGUGUUGAGAAUCAUCAGAAUGAUUGUACCAGUGUAUAUAACGACUAAAGCUAUUACUGCAAUUCAAUUGUUUCAAUACCAGGGUCAUCAGCAUUCCCCUGAGCAAGAAUAUGGAGAAAAUGAAAUAGGACAACCUCAGUUGCGUGUCAUUCAUAUUCAGUGAUUCCAUGGUCAGUUGGAAUGAAAAAUUAUGAUGUUGAAAAGAUAAAUCAGUGGAGUCAUGAUUAUCUUUUAUGUACAGGGAGGGUGAAAACAUACCAAAUUGCAGAGAAAUUUGAUGUAGCGCUACUCGUUUGGUACAUCAAUAUAAUCUAGAUGCCGUUGUAUAUACACUAUGUAAAACCUUUUAUUAUUGGAAAAGAAAAGGAUGAGAAAGAUCAAAAGCAUUAAUUGGAGAUAUACUACAAUACACAUUGUCAUGAUCAAUUGCUAACAACAAAAUAAAAUGGAUUCUUAUCAUCAUCUGUAAAGGGAAUACCUCACUUUAAUUAACACCUUAUUUUACUCAUUUUCCCUUUAAACUAUGUACAUUAUAAUUGCAAUUAAUUGAUUUUGUUUUUCACAAUUUUUAUUUAA